GGGGGCUUGUAGCGUCUGCGUUGCAUAGAAACAGAAAUUCUCUAUGGAAGCAGUUGCUACAAGAGCAUGAAGAUGCUAGCUAACUAGCUACAAUGUUUUUCCAUCGAUAGCUACGUUAACGUUUUGCUACUUAUUUUGCUAGACUAUUGACAGCUAAAUAAGGUUGUUAGAUAUAGCUAGCCAGACAUAUCAAAUGCUCCUGACUGGAUGUAAGCCUACAUUAGCUAAACGUAAUCUAACGUUAGCUAGUUAGAUAACCAACGAGUUGAAAACACACCAGUUUCGCUAGCUAAUACGUUAGCUUGGACAUAUGUCUUCAAAUGGAUUCGGGUCAUAACGUAACAGUUACAUGCAAAGGUGUGUCUAGGUAACGUUAAGCGGUUUAAUUUAGCUAACUCAGAAGCUAGCUAGCGUUAGUCACAGUGUAAUCACAGACUAAGUGCAGUUAGUCAUCUUGUUCCUAGCUAAAGUUAACUUCUAACCAGGUAGCUAGCUAACUAAGCCGCUUUGCGACGCAGCUGAUUUCGCCAUCCUGAAGUAAGGAUGGCAGGCGACGCCAGUGGCAUUCCUGAACUGGACCAAGAUAAAUAUGAUGCAGAUGAACAAGUCAAAAUCAUCUGCCUUGGGGACAGUGCAGUGGGCAAAUCGAAGUUGAUGGAGAGGUUCCUGAUUGACGGAUAUCGCCCCCAGCAGCUGUCAACCUAUGCCCUGACGCUCUACAAAUACACUACCACCAUUGACAGAAAGGCUGUAUUAGUAGACUUCUGGGAUACGGCUGGACAGGAGCGGUUCCGGAGCAUGCAUCCCUCGUACUACCACAAGGCUCACGCCUGUAUCAUGGUGUUUGACGUGCAGAGGAAGAUCACCUAUAAGAACCUGACCAACUGGUACACAGAGCUGAGAGAGUACAGGCCUGAGAUCCCCUGUGUGGUGGUGGCUAACAAGAUAGAUGCUGAUAUGAAGGUGACCCAGAGGAACUUUAACUUUGCCAAGAAGCAGGGACUUCCUUUGUACUUUGUAUCUGCUGCUGAUGGGACCAAUGUGGUCAAGAUGUUUAAAGAAACGAUCAAGAUGGCGAUGUCUUACAAGCAGAACUCUAGUGACUUCAUGGAUGAAGUGAUGCGGGAGCUAGAGAACUUUGAGCUGGAGCAGAACAAGGAGGAGUCGUUACAGACGGCUGAGGAGGGACUGAAACCAGAGAGCCCUGAGUCUGUCUGACUGGAUGUUGAUGUGGAUACAUUAUCCUCACAUUAUUGACACGUUAUCUUUACUUUAUACUGACGUUGUGAACACGAGCUCUGAUUCUGACUACAAUGCAGCUAUGGACACUGUGGAUAUGUUAUCCAGAUAAUGUCGACAUUCUACAUCUCUACCAUGGGAGAGCCUUGCUCCUGAGUGACUGAUGUUGUGGAUAUGUUAUAUUCAUGUUAUUCUCACUUUGUGGACAUGUUAUCCUUACAUUCUCCUCGUGUGUAUUUUAUGCCAUGGGAGAGCCAUGCUUCUGUGGGACUGAUGCUACGGAAAUGCUAACCCUUGACCCAUAUAAUAGUAGUGACCUGUGAGAGCUGGGGAAAUCUAUUGAUGUGAGAACAAACAUACUGUAGGAUAGAUGUUGUCAGGCAGGGGGAACGUGUGCCAAAGUGUGUGAAGCAGGCUAUUUAUUUGAGGUGAUCUAGAAUGUGAAGCGUUUUAAAAUGUGGGGCUAUCAUUCCUAUUCCUGCUAUUUUUGGAGAGCAAAGUGAAACUGUGAACGUGAAGUCUUUGCUACUUGUGAUUUUGUCAUCAGCUUUUGCUCUCUGAAGCUUUUACCACACGUUUAUGGGGAUUUGUACAAUUUAAGGUGAUAGUGGGGUACAUGUAUGUAAAGGCUGCUAUUGUUGCUCUUAAGUGCUACAGUGUAAAGCCAGAGCUUUUAUGUCAUGUCUUUCACGUAUUGUCUUGUGGUCCUCUGUAGCUCAGCUGGUAGAGCACGGCGCUUGUAACGCAAAGGUAGUGGGUUCAAUCCCCGGGA